UGCACGCCCAGAGUCCCUCCCGAUAGCAGAUGCCUUAGCUGUGGAGCCGCGUUCCCCUUUCUCAGUCCUUCCCCCGACCAUAUAAGGCGCGGCAGCUGCUGCGGAUCCCCGGGAUCUAAAGAUAGCGGCCCCUGCCUGGGACUCCAAAGGCCACCAGGGCCCCGGAGCCGCCAUGGCACGGCAGCAUGCCCGGACCCUGUGGUACGACAGGCCCAAGUAUGUGUUCAUGGAGUUUUGCGUGGAGGACAGCACCGAUGUCCAUGUGCUCAUUGAGGAUCACCGCCUUGUGUUCAGCUGUAAGAAUGCCGAUGGGGUGGAGCUGUACAAUGAGAUUGAGUUCUAUGCCAAGGUGAACUGCAAGGACUCCCAGGAUAAGCGCUCUAGCCGCUCCAUUACUUGCUUUGUGAGAAAAUGGAAGGAGAAGGUAGCCUGGCCCCGGCUCACCAAGGAGGACAUCAAGCCGGUGUGGCUCUCUGUAGACUUUGAUAACUGGAGAGACUGGGAAGGGGAUGAAGAGGUGGAGCUGGCGCAGGUGGAACAGUAUGCAGAGCUUUUGAAUAAGGUCAGCACCAAGAGAGCGCCCCCCACCAUGGAUGACCUGGAUGAUGACUCUGACAGUGCCGACGCACCAAGCACCUAACCGAGUGACAGCAGAGCCGGAGCAGAGCGCUCUGAAAAGCCAGGGUUGGGGCCUGUGUGAGCUCUUCACCCCAAGGGCCUCUGGGAUCGCUGCUCUUUAGCAAGGGUCCCCCCUUGCACUUCCUGUUGUCUUCAGAGGCGCUGGACUUGGGCACCGCAUCGGAUGGCAGGAUAGGGGAGGAAGGGGCUGGUGGGCGCCUGGUCUCCUCUUAAUCCAUUUACAAUCUCUGUGUUGGGGCCGCUCCAUUGUUUGACUGUUUGGUGUACACAGCUGUGCAAAAACCAAAGAAGAAAGAAGAAAGGUGGAUGGUAACAAAUCUCUCGUACGCGUGUGUGUGGCAGAGAACCAAGUGGGUGAUAAUAAAUCUGCGGGAACUGUUCUGCCUCUUUGUUUUGUACUUGUCUUUCCUAGGAGUGAGGCUUUUCCCUCUCUAGGGCUUCUCUCAAGAGGGUGGGGAGAUUUAGAAAGUCUGAGCUUUCACUGUUGAGGUUGGAGGAAGAGUGAUGUUGCAGACAGGCUUGUAACCAAACUGGGGGACUUCCUCUCGCCCAGAUCUGUGCUCUGAUUUCUCGCAGCUAGUACUGUCAUCCCUCGGACCACCCACCCUGGCUUCCUGCACGCUCCAGAAAUCUCUCUAUAAUUUUCUUUAAUGUCUGUGCGUGUUUAUUCCUCCUACAACAGCCACUUUACCAUCCACAUUUCUUGAGUGCCUGAUGUGCACAAAGUACUGUGACGUAAGAUGCAGUGCCCACAGACUGCUCUGGGACGCACAGAAAGUACUGGCAUUUAUUGGAAGAGUGCACUUUGAAACUUAUGUAAGCUGGAUAUGACAUAGCUUAAAAAAUAAACUAUAUAGAAGGGUAUACCACUUUCCUUUAAAGAUUUAUUUUAUUUGAAAGGCAGAGUUCUGGGGGGGGGGAGAUAAAGAACGAUAAAGAUAUAAAAUAUAAAGUAAAAUUUGCAGUAUGCUAGUUGGGGCUGAUAACUGUCAAUGGUUUUAUCUGCUACAUACUAUAGUGUAUUAUAAUACAAUAUCAUAGGGCCCACACUGUGGCGUAGUGGGUAAAUCUGCCGCCUGCAGUGCCGCCAUCCAAUUUGGGUGCUGGUUCUAGUCCCGGCUGCUCCACUUCUGAUCCAGCUCUCUGCUAUGGACUGGGAAAAUAGUAGAAGAUGGCCCAAGUCUUUGGGCUUCUGCACCUGCGUGGACAACCUGGAAGAAGUUCCUGGCUCCCGGCUUCGGAUCGGCGCAGCUCUGGCUGUUGCGACCAAUUGAGGAGUGAACCAGCGGAUGGAAGACCUCUCUCUCUCUGCCUUUCCUUCUCUCUCUGUGUAAC